AUGAUGAAUUCGAGUAAUAUCGGAAAGGAGAUUACGAGUCGACAAAACGAAAAGAACAUGACUGAACGAAUGCUUCAGUUGGAACUAAAAAAUAAGCAAGAAAAACAAGCGAGGCAUCAGGAGCAGAAACUUCAGAAUGACAAAUUGUUGAGAAUCGAGGAUGGUUUGAAUAGAACAAGAUCAUUAACUGAAAAAUGGAUGCUGGUCAGUGAUGCAAUGAAGCUGUCACACAUUCGUCUAUUCUCGUCACUUACCGAUCAAAUGUCAAUUUUGAAUUCACUGGAGACGAAGUUCAAUAAAGCGGCAUUAAAACUCUCGAAUCUACAGGUUGAAGUUAUGAAUAUCACUCACAAUGGUUUACUGUCAACGGCUGCAUGUAAUGUGACUGAAAUGGCAAUCAGAUCCAAAAUCGAUCUCGAAAAAAUGCAAAAGAAUGAACGUUACAAAGUCGAUUCGCUUAUCUUGGAGGUGGGGAAGAAGGCCGAUGAGAGCACUGUCAGGCAACUGCAGUUGAUUUUAGCGUCUACAAACGACAAACUCGAGAAGUUCGACUCGAACCUCAGGAACGUCAUCAAGAAAUUAAAUGACAGUCAAAGCUCUUUAAACAAUUUGGAGGCAUCUUUACCCAAGGCAUGCUCUGAUUCGAUGACAACUUAUGGUGUUCAUAAAGAAUAUCUUCUGAUAAAGCCAUCAGAUAAGCUGCCAUCCCAAAUGGUUCAUUGUGAUAAGGACUGGACGAUAAUUCAGCAGAGAAUGGAUGGUGCAGUACGAUUCAAUCGAACCUUUGAAGAAUAUCGUUGGCCGUUUGGUAAUGUGGAUGCAGAUCACUGGAUUGGUAACGAGUACAUAAACGCGUUGACACAGCUUUGCGAUUGCUCGAUUCGCUUCGAGACAUGGGACGUUUUUGGCGAAUACCGUCUAGCUAUCUAUCACAACUUCUCGGUUUCGGAUUUCGAUCACCUCUAUAGAUUGAGUAUAUCGAACUACGACAGCAAUUCAAGCAAUCUAACAGACGCGAUGUCAUUCCAUGAUGGACGACGCUUCAGCAGUUUGGAUCGGGACGAGGAUACAAGUAGCACACAUUGUGCACGAUACUAUGCUGCUGGUAGGUAG